UUUGUAAAGCAAAACAUACCCGCCCAGCGUCCCCAGGAUGAGGAGAGGACGAGAGUUUCAACAGAAGAGAAGGGAAAUGAAGUUGUCAGCCAGACCAGCCCAGCAACUCUCUCUUUACAUCUAGACAGCUAGCAAGUUGACAGGCGGUCACGAGUAGCGAAAUUUACAUGAAAUAUCACAGCUAUGAAGGUCGUCCGUUGGAGCAACUUGUAGCUACAAUUAGUACACGUUAUAUAGCUACAGCCACAGAUCUCAGAUAACGUUACAGACAUUUCAAACUAGCGUUACAGUGGAAAAAGAAAGUGGUGAAAACUUGCUAGCCUGCCAGCUAACCUUUUAGCCACCGAGCCUCCUUCAGCAUCAAAACUAGAGUUCACUCGAGAUUUGGGCUUGGAUUACCAGUCUUCAGUCAUGCCUUUUCCUUUUGGGAAGUCUCAGAAGAAUCCAGCUGAAAUAGUGAGGAGUUUAAAGGAGAAUGUGGCAUACAUGGAAAAGCUGGAUGCUGGAGACAGCAAAAAGUGUGAAAAGAUUGCAGAGGAGGUGUCCAAAAAUCUGGCUUCACUGAAGGAGGUACUUAGUGGAACAGGUGACAAGGAGCCUCAGACCGAAGCAGUGGCUCAGCUUGCACAAGAGCUGUACAACACCAACCUCCUCAUUGCUCUCAUUGCAAACCUGCAGAGGAUUGAUUUUGAGGGGAAGAAGGAUGUGGUUCAUUUGUUCAGCAAUAUUGUAAGGCGUCAGAUUGGCACCCGUACACCCACGGUAGAAUACAUCUCUACACACCCACAGAUUCUCUUCAUGCUUCUGAAUGGAUAUGAGAGUGCAGAAGUGGCUCUGAACUGUGGAAUGAUGCUGAGAGAGUGCCUGCGUCACGAGCCUUUGGCACGGACGGUGCUCUUCUCUGAAGACUUCUACAGCUUCUUCCGUUACGUUGAGCUCUCAACCUUUGACAUCGCCUCAGACGCUUUUGCCUCAUUCAAGGAUCUCCUCACAAGACACAAGAUCAUGUGUGCAGAUUUUCUGGAGAACAAUUAUGACAGGGUGUUUACAGAAUACGAGAAGCUCCUGCAUUCUGACAACUACGUCACCAAACGACAGUCUUUGAAGCUUCUUGGGGAACUUCUCCUGGAUAGACACAACUUCACUGUCAUGACAAAAUACAUCAGUCGGGCAGAGAACUUGAAGCUGAUGAUGAACAUGCUAAGAGACAACAGCCGAAACAUCCAGUUUGAAGCGUUCCAUGUCUUCAAGGUAUUUGUUGCAAACCCCAACAAGACUCAGCCCGUGCUGGACAUAUUGCUGAAGAACCAGGCCAAACUCGUGGACUUCCUGAGCCACUUCCAGACCGACAGAUCGGAGGAUGAGCAGUUCUGUGAUGAGAAGAACUAUCUGAUUAAGCAGAUCCGGGACCUGAAGAGGCCCGCGGCACCGGAGGAAGCUUAAGGCGGCAGGGGCGACUGGUCCAUCAGGUGGUAGAUGUAUAGGUGGUGGCUGGAGCUGCAGAGGGCUAAGUGAGAGUCUAAAAGACGUGGUUCUUUAAGAUUUAAUGAUAACUACAAAAUAUAGGAAAAAAAGUAAAGAUUACUUCAUUCACUUUCUGUUUUUAGUGUGGAUGUGGAGGUGAUUUCCAUCCAGCAAUCUGAGUGGGCCAAGAACUGUUAUUUAAACCAUAGUGCUUCUUCUUUAGUGAUAAUGAAAUGCAUUUAGUCUGUUCUUGUAAUGUCGGACCUUAAACUGUUACCUUUCCACAUACAUUGUUGCUGGCAGAGACCUUAGAAUGACGUCACCCCAUUCACAGCCAACAUGAGCUCUGAGGUGUUCUUGAAAGUCUUUCUCAGAAACUUGUCUAUAGUUUAGAGACUGAAAAGCUGAGGAGAAGUAAAUCUAUUAUUUUUCUAAUGUAUUGUCAUGGUAAACAGUUUAAAACCUACAGUAACUCUUCUCUCUGAACAUUGUUUAGUCUAACUAGUUGCAUAGGUUUGGUGUAUUGCCUUAUUGUAAGCAGUUGUAUUGUACUGGGACUUCAGUGAUCUUUAGAAAUACGGCUUUGGCAGAGUGGCAUGUGGAUCAUAUUGGCCAGGUCAGCACAUAGUAAUUUUUGGUGAUUAAUGUGUAGUUAGGCCUUUGGUUGCAUGUGUGAGGUUACAGAGGUCAGAAAUGAUCCUGCAGUGCUGUACUUGCCAAUGCAUUAGCUGGCACAGGAAGAGAAAAUCAAAACCAUAGAGGAAUCAAUUAAUUGUGCUGUGAUUUUGAGGCUGCGCUCAGCGAGGCUUACAUGACUGAAAUAGAAACAAGGCAUCAGAUAAUGCUGCAGGGUACCAGCCAUCCAUUCACCGCUAACAUGGACAGCCAGGAUAUACCAAUUGAUCUCACUGGGAACACUCCGUUUCAUCCUCACACACUGAGCACAGAUAGAAAUGUUUUAUUUAAAACAAUGAUUUAACUAACAAUUACUUCAUGGUGUUUUAAACUACUUGAUGUACGCCAUCUUAGGUAUUUCUCCUUUACAGCAUAAGCACUGCAUAAUACAAGAAAUAAUAUUGCAGUUUACACAGAGGUGUUGCCCACAUGGAUGCAUCAUAAGUAUGUUACACUGUAAAUCUAUUGUAUUCAUAUGAGAACAUGUGUUUUUUUUAUAAAUAGUUGACAUGUUUUUUUUUCUUGAAUCAUUUUCCUCCAUUUCGUUUUCAUUUGACACAUAUUGAACAUCUGCUACACUGGAUUUGAGAAUUGGGCAGACUAGGUAAUGGAAAUUUUUUAUUUGACUGGAAUAUUUUGCUAAAACUAACUAGAUCACCUUAAUCUCAUGUAAACAAAAGCUCCCACCCAUACAGUUAGUUACUUUAACACCAAAGAAUAGCCCAAAAAAGUCACUUUUUUGUAUUUGGUUCUUUUCUGACAUGAUUAUAAUACAUUUUAAUGAAAUGCACUGUAACAUGCCUGUGAUGCAUCAGAACGCACAUCCUAUCAGAUGUCUCCACAUUGUCAGAAUAACCACAUGCACUGUUAAAACAAGAAUGAGUUUGUUUUGGAUGAUGAGCACUGAAUUUAUUGAGUUCCUCACAUGCAUCACUGAUUAGUUCUAUUACUUUAAAAGACUUGUGUUGAAAUAAUUGCCUUACUUCUGCCAUUGUCACUAAAAUGGCAUAUUAUGGAUUUCAAGAAAUACGUUGUCUGUGCGCACAGUCUUCUACUAUAUACCUCAUGGGAUCUGAGUUUGCAAAUGCUGUGUUCUUUCCUUUCCAUCCUAGACAAGAUAUUUUAUUUGACAGUUUAAAAUACACAACAGUGGUUCAUAUGCAUGCCUAAACUUGAGAUAUAUCAAACUUUAACAGGGACUGCGAUCUGGUUUUCACAAUGGAAAACUAGGUUUUUAAACUGAAAUAUUUCAUUGGGUGGUGCCACACAAACGUUAAUUCAUAAUGAAUUGCAGUGUGGUACCUUGUAAUGAACGUUGCCUUAUUUAAAGACAUUUAAUGGAUUGUGCUGAUUAUGUAAAAUUCCAGACCUCUGAAUUUGUUUUUAAACCAAAGUCAAUAUGAAAAGGUAAAAUGUACAUUUCAAGUCCCAAAUGCAUUACUAGUUCAUUUCUCAGAUCCACGUCUAGUGUAGCAUAGGUUUAUCACCAACUGCAUUAUGCUCCAAUGUGAUCCUGUGAGUGUAAAUAUAUAUUUUAAUAGAGAUCAUUAGGCUACACUCAGUUUUUCAGUUGUGGUUAAUUGGCUUUAUUUUUUUUUAUUUUUUUAAAUCACUGUUUGGUACACUGCACCAGAUAGCCACAGGGUCAGCAUCAGGCCUUUACGGAUCCAUAGAAUAAUUUGGGAACUCUGCUGUGAAUGUGGUCCAUUAUGCAUAAGUAGACUGAAGUCCUACACACAGUGCACUGUCAUGUACUCAGUUUAUGAAAGAAAGUUUGUCUGAAAGUGUGUUUGAGUUUCUGAAAAUAUCCUGAUGGUGAUCAACUUUUCAACUCCUUUGUAAUUAUUUAUUGUGAAACACAAUUUUCCAAACCCGUAUUAAUGAGUUUGACUAAACCCACAUACACAGUAGUCCUUAUGAAUAUAUCAUAUAUAUCAUUAUGACCACAAACAAACACACAGCUUACUGACAAACUGAAAUUACAUAACAGGCUGUCCUCUGUAAUAAUAUCCAAGAUUACUGGACUGUUGUGUAACAAAAUAAAAUCAAUUUUUAAAAGAACAAAUCCAAGAUAAUUUAUAACUGGGUGUCUAAAUGUGCAUACAAACUUUCUUGAAAUUUGAGUCCAGUCAUGACGUGCACUUUGGGAAGGACAUGCUGUACACAGUCCUCCCAUCAGAGGGAGCUGAGGGAGCAACAAUUGGCACCUUGUAUUAGUUGUGCAAACAAAGCAUUUCAUGUUUCUGUAACCCUACCUCUAAUUAUGAAUAUAUAAAUCACUGGCAAUAUUAUGUAAACAUCAACAAAAAGAUUCCUUAAGAUCAAAACUAUAUAUUUCAUAAUUUAGAGUUUUCUGUUUAAAUAUUUGUUGUGCUUUACGUUUUUACUCUGUUGCCUUCUCUUUUUCCCUUCUCUUUCCACACUCUGGAUAUUGUCUUUAUUUACCAUGGGAGCAAAUUAUGUGUACAUAACUUUAUAAAAGAUAAAAGUGUGAAAGCGUUCAUGAAAAUAAAUUUUAUGGCAAUUUA